AUGGCACAAAAAGGUUCGAGGGAUAGUAUUCUUUUAGUUUCAUUAAAAAAAGGUUUAAACAAGAAUAAUAUUAAUUUUAUUGAUUACGAAGAUAAUUAUGAUUAUGAUAUACUAAAAAACCAUUUGAAAGAUUUAAAAAAACUAAAAGAAGAUGUGAUAAAAAUAAAAAAUAGUUCUAAGGAAAUAAUAAAAGACGAUCUUGACAAAAUUCUUUUCAAUGACAGUGGAAAAAAUUGCAACUUCGACAUUUUUUAUGAUAAAUGUUUACAAAUUAUUGAAAGAUAUUUAUUAAUUUAUAAAGAAAUGAAUGAAAUAUUAUUAAAAGACUCAAACAAAGAAAGUGAAAAUUUUAUAAAUACUGAUAAUUCAUAUAUCAAUAAUGAGGAUAAUAAAAAUAAAUCACAUGAAAAUAAAAAUGACAGUCUACUUUAUGAAUUAAUUGAUAACAAUGUAUUGAUUCAUAAUAAUAAAUUUUUGUUUGACUAUGAUGAUGAUAGUGAAAUAUAUACUUCAAGUGAAGAAGAAAUUGUUAUAGAAAAAAACUGUUGUAAGAAAAAAAAAUUAAAAAAUAAUAAAAACGAAAAUAAUAUAAAUAACUUAGAUGAUUUAUCAAAUAACGAAUCAAAAAUAAAUUUAGAAAGUGAAGACAAUUGUACAAAAAUAGAAAAAUAUCAAGUUGAAAAUAACUAUAAAAAAAAAAAAAUUAACUUUUUAAAUAGAUAUCCUGCAUAUCUAAGAGACUUAAUUAAAAUUGUAAAAAUUUCAAAAAAAAGAGAAAAAAAAAUUUUGCAAAUAAAAUUAUUAAAUAAACAUUGCAAAGAUAUGGAUGUAGGAAAAAUUAAUACCCUUUUUUAUAAAACAUACGUAUCUAACUGUUAUAUGCAUAAUAAAAUUUAUAUUAAAAAAAAAAAAAAAAGAAUAUUAUAUAGAAUAUUAAGAUACAAUAUGUUAAAUUAUUGUUAUGAUAAUCACGACAUUUUCUUAGAAAAAUUGCUAAAAAAAAAAAGUAAAUAUAAUAAAUUAACUAUAGAAAACAUUGAAAAACUAUUUAUUCCACAUGAAUGUACUAAUUCUGUAACAUCAUGUAAAUUCUGCAAAGAAAACAUAAAAAAUCUUUUUUAUAUAACUGUUUAUGAUAAUUUAAAUUAUCCAUCUAUUUUGAAGAAUCCGAAAGUUAAUAAAAAAAUAAAUUUGUUAACACAUAUUUUUAUAAAUAAAGAAAAAUGCGACCCAAUUAAUGUAGAUUAUGAUAUUGUGUAUCAUGAAGAUAAAUAUAUAUACAUGGCAACUAAAAAUAAUGUAUUUUGUCAUAUUUUACACGAAAAUUAUUUAAAAAAUAAUUUUAAUGAUUUAUUAUUGAGAAUUAAAAAUGGAAGCAAAGGAUAUAAUUUAUUAAAUGUUAUCUUUAAUAAAUAUAAAAAUAAUAAUUUUUUGAAUUUAAAAAAAUUAAAAAAAUAUUUAGAAGAUACAAAAAAUAAAAAUGCAAUAUGGUUGAGAGAUAAUUUUUUUGAUAUAAUAAAAUCCAGUAUUAUUAAUGAUGAAAAUUACUCGAAUAUUUUUUUUGAUAAAAUAUUUUUUAAUUUUUAUAAUAUAUUAUAUACAGAUAAAACUGGUAUUACUAGAGAAAGCCGUUUACAAAAAAAAAAGGAUAUAGAAAUAAUUAAAAAUGAGGAUGAUGGUGAUUCGGAUGAUUUUUUAGUUUUAGAUUCAUUAAACAAUAUAAAACAUAUAAAUAACAAUGAUUACCUAAUAAAUCAAAUAAGAAACAAUCAUCAUAUUUUAUCACUUAAGGAAAUGAAUAAAAAAUAUAUGAAUGUUAAAAAAAUUAAAAAUAUUGAUGAUAAAUAUAUAGAAGAUAUAUGGGAUUAUAAUAUGUAUAAAUAUCAUUACAUUAAAAAUAAUAAUAAUAAAAAUUAUAUGACUCAUUGUAAUUCUUUUGAAAAUUACUUAAAUAAAAUAAAUGAAGAGAUUGCAAUUAUAGUCGAUAGUGAUGAUAGUGACGAUGAUAUAAAAAAUAGUUACGAAAAGGCAAAAAAUCUAAUGAAUUAUUUAAAAGGAAAAAAUUCUAAAAAUUCUAAUUCCAGUAAUAAAAUAAAUAUAUUAGAAAAAUCUAAGGUGUUACAUUUAAAAAAAAAUUUUAUUGUGCAUCCUUUGAUUAACUCAAAAUGUGUAGGUUUUAAAAUAGAAGUGAAUGAUAUAUCUGAUAGAAAAUUGGAUAUAUAUUGUAUUAAUAAUAAUGAAUAUAUUAAUGUUUAUAAAAAUACUAUAGAUUAUUUAAAAAAUAAUUUAAACGCAGAUAUUAAAAAAAAUUAUAAUGAAUAUAAAAAUUUAAAACAUCAAUUAAAAAAAAGAGAAAAAUUAAGUGACGUUUAUCAAAAUUUUAAUAAGAUUGAAAACUAUGUAAAUAGUAAAGAUAAUAACACAAUUAAUGAAUAUAUAGUUGUAAUUGAUGAAAACACAGAAGAAGAAACAUAUAAAAUGGAUAUAUAUAAUUAUGCAGAAAUGACAGCAUACAUAGUAAAUUCAAAAAAAGAAAAGAAAAAAGAAUUUUACUCUAAUUUUAUAAGAAAUGAAAUUUAUUCUCAUAAAUGGAUAAAUAGGCUUCAAUUUAAAUUACUGAAUUAUAGCAAUUUUUAUAAAAAUAGUUUUUUCAAAAAAAAUCAUAUGAGAUUGAUAAAAGAUUAUUUAUAUGGAUUAUUAAUUAAUUCUUAUUACGAAAAUAUAUAUGAUGUUUCCUUAAAUUUAUUAUUAAGCGAGCAUUAUAAGCAUUAUGAUCCAUCUAAGCAGUUUGUUCUGAAAAACAUUAGUUGUAAUAUAAAUCAAAUUUAUGAAAGCAUGAUGAAUUCAAUUAAAAGUGACAUAUUGACUAGUAAAUAUAUAAUAAAUGGAAAUGAUGUAACAAAAGAAAACAUACACUUAAAGGUUAAUGAAUAUUUAUUAAAUUAUAAGUGGAAUGAUGAAAAUAGGAACUUUUUAAUUAAAAUUAUUGAAAAAUAUAGAUUUAUAUUAUUAUAUUAUUUAUUGUAUAUGUAUCCUAAAUUUUUAUAUAUUUUAAACACAAUUCAAAUUCAAAACUUUAAAGAUGAAAUAAAAAUAACCUUACCUUCUCAAGAGGAACAACAAAUGAAAGAAGUUCAAAAAGAUUUCACCUCAGAAAGAAGAAUGCUAAAAAGUGCAAAGAAUAAUCAAAUUGAAAAUCAUGAAGUAAAAGAGAUUCAGAAAGAUUUUUACUUACCUCCAUAUAUUAAAAAUAGAAAAGAUAAUAGCAUUUUAAAUUCUUUUUCAUUACAAAGCUUACUUCUGGUAAAUUUUUACGAGCGUUUUGAGAAUUCUUUAUUUUUAAACAUAUUAAAUAGAAAUAUUGAUAUAGAAUCAGUACAAAAAGAAAUACAUCCUAUUUGUUAUAAAACUCUAAUAUAUUAUAAUAGAAAUGAAUCAUUGUCAAUUAAAAAGAAAUUAACAAUACCACAAUUAUCAACCAUUUUUAUUAUUUUAAAUUCUUACCUAUCUUUUGCAACAAUACAGCAUUAUUCUUUUUUUAACAAAAAUAAUAUAUGGAAAUUCUUGAUAUAUAAAUUUAGUGAAGUUGAAAAAAAAAAGGCAUAUGAGUUAAUAUCAAAUGGGGAUAACUACUUUUCACAAUCUUUUCUUCAAAAUUUUUUGAAUACCUUUUUAAUUAAACAGAAUGAUCGCUUCAUAGUAACAGAUAAAAUAAAGUGUAAACUUAUGAUAUAUAUUAUAUUAAUACAAUUAUGCUUAACUGAUAAUUCUUUGCCUCUAAGCUUAUCAUUAAUAAAUAGAAAUACAGGAAAUAUAUUAAAUAAAUUAAAUUUUUCUAUAAAAGAUAAAAUUAUAACUUUCAAUUUGCAAGCAUAG